UUGUAAAUAAAGUUUGAGGGUUAGACCCGGUUUAACCGAUUUUAACUUAGCACUGAUCACAGGAACGAACUGUGGGAGCCUGGCUUUGAUGCUGGCUCUGAUCGAGCUGGAGAAACUUUUACAUUCUUUUGUCGGUGUUAAGGGUUAUUGUUAAAACAGUUUCUUUCGUUGAUGCUGCUUUAAGUAGAAUUAAAAGCAGUACUGUUUGGAUCAAUAUUGGGUUACUGUCACAUUCUCACUUAAUUCUCGGCGAAACGGUUGCGGAGCGCAAACGCCACUCUGGAGAUCUGCACGCCUCACCGAACCCCACUGUUGGCUUUUGGAUGAACUCUGGAAUGAAAAUGAAAUAUGCCAAUGUGCUAUUUGGGGAAGAGUGAAGAAUUCAUGUAUCUCAAUCUGCCCCCAGAUCAUUUCAUUGCUGUCUGUUCACAUUGACUAUCCCUUGCCUGCAUUAUAACUGAAAAUGGUUCAUGGGGUGAAAGCAAGAUACUUGAAUAUUAGAUUUUUAAAAAAUGAUUAUUUUGUGGAGUGUGUAUACUGUUGAAAAGUCAUGUGUUUGUUGCUCAUUCUUAAUAGCCUGUGGAUUGAGUGGCUUGCCAGGCUGUUUCAGAGGGUGGUUAAUUCAAAUCCCUGUUGGCUGCAGUUACAUGUAUGUCAUAACAGUUUUCCGUUUAAAGAAUCUGCAAGGUUGUUUCAGUUUUCAAAGCACAGUCAUGCUAGGAUCAGGAUUUAGACCUGAACGGUUGCGGGUCAACCUACGACUUGUCAUCAACAGGCUCAAGCUACUGGAGAAAAAGAAAACUGAGUUAGCGCAGAAAGCCAGGAAAGAAAUUGCAGAUUACCUUUCAGCUGGGAAGGAUGAAAGGGCCCGAAUCCGUGUUGAGCACAUCAUUCGAGAGGACUACUUGGUAGAAGCAAUGGAAAUUCUGGAACUGUACUGUGAUUUGUUGCUUGCACGCUUUGGGAUGAUCCAGUCAAUGAAGGAACUGGAUACAGGUCUGGCAGAGGCAGUCUCUACAUUGAUCUGGGCUGCCCCAAGGCUUCAUGCUGAAGUAGCAGAAUUGAAAAUAGUCUCAGAUCAGCUGUGUGCCAAGUACAGCAAGGAGUAUGGAAAACUUUGCAGAACAAACCAAAUAGGGACUGUAAAUGAAAGGCUUAUGCUCAAGCUAAGUGUUGAGGCACCACCCAAAAUUCUUGUGGAGAGAUACUUAAUCGAGAUAGCAAAGAACUACAAUGUUCCGUAUGAGCCUGAUGCUGUUGUCAUGGGUGAGGUCCCAGCUGGAGUGGAAGCAGAUUUGAUUGAUGUGGAUAAUGGUGAUAAAAAGGGUGGCCCUGGAGGGGGAGGUGGUGGAGGAUUUACAGCACAUACUGCAGGCGGUAUGCCUAUGCCUAUGCCAAUGCCAACACCAUCUAUACCAUUUUCAUACCCACCAAGGAAAGGACCAGAUAACAAUCUGCCAGUGGACACUUACCAGCCAUUCAACAACUUCCAGCCACCUAACAUGGGGGGUAACCCACCCCCAAUACCAACGCAACCACCAACAUAUGAAUCUAUAGAUGAUGUCAACAAUACUGACACUCAUUUGCCUUCUCCCAAGCUUCCUGGCCCUUCAGUCCCAAUACCGGCACCUCGACAGUUGCCAGGACCUGCUGCUACUCCAAGCAACUUUGUUUAUGAUAACGUGACAAUACCCGAAUUACCCUCUGUGCCUGACACCCUACCAACAGCAUCUGUUGGUGGCACUUCCACAGCUUCAGAAGAUAUUGAUUUUGACGAUCUGUCUCGUAGAUUUGAGGACUUGAAGAAGAAAACUUAAUUUACUGAUCAAUAAUGUUGUACUUUAAUUUUCAUGGGGGUAAUUCUAAAUUCACUGGUCUAUUUCUUCAAGAAACUGUAAGCUUUAUAAUGAACCAGAUGCUAUGUAUACUGGUAUAUUAACACUCCUUUGUUAAAAUAUUGUUUGGGUGUCUCUUGAUAGUUGGUAUACCGUACUUGCAGAUAAUAUUCUGAUCCUGUCCCUGGUUAUAUUUAUGGGGAAAGGAGUUCUGGCAAAACAUAGAGUUUAUUGUUGAACAUGGACUCAAAUCCAGUUUUGGGAAUGACUCGUCGACAUUGUAAUUUGAGUCUGAUUUUCUUUCUCUCUUGAUGCUCCAAAUAAUCAGGGACAACAGGUGGAGUUGAAAGAAUAAACAGUAUGUUACAUAGUUAGAUUGCAUGUGAUUUGAGACUAAUGUAAGAGAAAUAGUUUCCUUGACAAAAUGCAAUUGUCAGUUGGUAACACUCAGUAAAGGGGUAAGUUGUUUUCAGUUGGUCUUUGAUGAAGUAUCUUGUGUAUUCCAAAAAAAGUAACUUGCACCUUCCUGUUCACGGAUGGGAACACCCAAUAUUAUUUAAAGUCUAAUUUAAAACUCAUCUGUAAUAAAGCUUCUGUAACAUUGUCAUUAUGAUUCAUUCAUGUUAGAAUAAAAUUUGAACUUCUAGUGUA